UACGGACUGAUUGUCCGGAGCCAUUUCUAAAUUGAUAGAUAAAACUUUUCUCUCUCUCUCUCUCUCUCUCUCUCUCACAGAUCUCUGAUGCUUCCUGUAAGUUAUUGCUGAUUGCUCAACCUCCAAGGUACGAGACGCACGCUUAUGGGGUUGGCUCAGAUUAUUAGAUUCCCCUAAAAAUUGAGAAACUUCUGAAGCCAUAGCAUCAAUAAUAUGUAACUGUUUUCCUCCUAGCUCUUUCUCUUUCUCUUUCCCUUUCUGUUCAUUUAAUUCUGCGUUUGAGAAUUAUUGAGACAGCUAUAGCUAGCAGAUUUCGAUGUGCAGAGUGAGUUUUCGGACAUGGGGGUUUGCUUCAGUGCUAGAAUCAAAUCCGACAGCCCCAUUUUCAUCGGUUCGAAUUCGCCGCCAUACGUUACCUCAAUGAGAGUAGUGGAAAGUAGCAGUCCAGGUGGGAGCGAUGGAGAAAUUCUGCAGUCCUUCUCCAACCUGAAGAGCUUCACCUUUUCUGACCUCAAAAUGGCAACCCGUAAUUUCCGACCCGACAGCGUUGUCGGAGGCGGCGGAUUCGGAUCCGUUUUCAAAGGUUGGAUUGACGAGAAUUCCUUCGCCGCCGCCAAGCCUGGGACAGGCCUAGCCGUUGCAGUCAAGAAACUCCAUCAGGAAACUUAUCAGGGCCAUAGGGAGUGGCUGGCGGAAGUGAACUAUUUGGGGCAGUUUGCACAUCAUCCUCAUCUUGUUCGACUGCUUGGCUACUGCUUGGAAGACGAUGAGAGGCUUCUGGUUUAUGAAUUCAUGCCGCGGGGAAGCUUAGAUAAUCAUCUCUUUCGAAGGGGGUCUUAUUUCCAGCCCCUGUCCUGGAAUCUUCGACUAAAGGUGGCCCUCGGAGCUGCCAAAGGGCUCGCUUUUCUUCAUAGCUCCCGAGCCAAAGUUAUUUACAGAGACUUCAAAACUUCCAACAUUUUGCUCGACUCGAACUACAACGCGAAGCUAUCCGAUUUCAGACUGACUAAGGAUGGGCCAACUGGCGAUAAAAGUCAUGUGUCCACAAGGGUCAUCGGAACGUACGGCUACGCAGCCCCUGAGUAUCUCGCAACAGGACACUUGACUGCAAAGAGCGACGUGUACAGCUUCGGGGUUGUCCUCCUGGAAUUGCUGUCGGGCAGAAGAGCGAUCGACAAGAACAGAGCGGCAGGCGAGCAGAAGCUAGUGGAGUGGUCGAAGCCGUACUUGGGCAACAAGCAACGCAAAGCCUACCGCAUCAUGGACAGUCGGCUCGAGGGCCAAUACACGAUGGAAGUGGCUCAGAAAGUCGCAAACCUCGCCCUACGAUGCGUGUCAUUAGAGCCCAAGCUGAGGCCUAAAAUGGCCGACGCCGUGAAAGAUCUCGAGCAACUUCAGUUUGAUUUAGGUACCAGCAGCAACAACAACAAUGGUUCCAAUUCCAAUUCCAAACCUCGAUACCGGCGAAGGAGCACUGGCAAUAGCACAGCAAACUCGAGUUCUUGAGGAAAUGAUAAAUUCUUGCACAUAAGGCUCCGACGGUUGUUGGCAACUGUGGAUUUCCUAGUAGUACAUACAAAUACUUAGAUACAUUUUCAUGUCUGUAUAAUGAUGAUCAGCUUCGUGUAUUAAUGUACGACUGUUUAAUAUUAUUCCUUCCCUCCGAGUAA